UGUACCAAUUGGAAGGCAGAUUUUAUUAAUGGAGUUAACUUUGAUGCUAAAAUAGUGUAUUGGCGUGGAAAACAUUUCAAAGAAUUGCUGCUACGUAAACAAUACAACAAGCUCCUUAAAAUGUCGAGUCUGGAUAUAUACGACGACACAGAGAACCUUAUAAGCAGUGAUGAAUAUAGCGAAGAGGAUGAUGAUGAACUUAUGAAUGUUGCUAUAAGUUCGCAGCAGAAAAACAAGCGUGGAAGCACUGAACGCAUAUACAAUGUACCAGCAUCCAUGCGUUCCUCCCGAAAAGAACACAGACUGCCGUUCAAAAGAAAAUUGUGUAACAAAUACAAAGCUAGAGCCUUGAAAUGGCUCAGUGGAAAGGCGAAACGUGAAAAGAGUAAGGAGUAUUUACUAUGUUUAAAAAGGAAAAAUACGCCCGUUAUUGAAUCUCAUACGCGUGAACGUGCAUAUAACUCGCCAGAUAAUUAUAAGGAAGUUAAAUUAACAAAUAACUUAGCAGAAACUAUAGAUUUAGAUGAAUCUGAUGUUGAGGAUAUCUCUCCUAUCAAAAAUACAGAUGUGUGUAAAGCAGAGCUUGAAGAGGAAAUCAAAGAGAAACCAAAGGAAGAAAUAAUUGCUAAACCUAACGUUAUUGAAAAACAAGCAGAAAAAGAGUUGGUAGAAAUACAAAACGAACCAGUUGAAAAACCAAAUCCGCUACCGGAAAUGCCAACAAAACAGGAAUCGCCAGCACAAAUGAAAGAACAAAAACAAGAGGAACCAAGUUGCAAUAAAAGAGCACGCUCUCCUUCGCCUGUAACAGAAGAUACUUGUAAUGAAAAUAAAAAACACCAACCGGAGCGGCCAACUUCCACACAACUGUACAGACAAAUCAAUGAAUUGUUUCCCAAGUACGAUGAAGUACUUGGAAAUCAUGUAAAACAUAAUAACACUACAUUGGAUGCUCUCGAUGAGAAUAUGACACGUUUAAUGCUGGACAUACAAACUUUGAAUGAAAUACUUGAAGCAAAAGAGACCGAAUGGAAUCGACUGCAGAACUUGAAAAGAGUUAAAGAGGAGAUACUUGCACGCUUAGAACGAAAGAAACAUAUACUUGGCCUAAAAGAUCGGAAAUUUGAUGAGCACAAAUAUAAUUUGCAAACUUUGAAAGAGCUGGAAACGUAUCUAUCGGAGUCACAGCCGUCAACGUCAGUGAAUGUUGGGCUCUCCACGACACAUCAACUCAUUGAAAAUCGUGCAAGUAUGAAAAGGGAAGAGUUACAAAGAGAGCGCAACAACACAAAUCGGUUGCAAAGCAUACUAAUAUCGAACAACAUUCUACAGCGUGCAGAUACCUCUACCUAUGAUAUGGAUAAUACGAAAAAUGACGUAUCUCCCAUCCAUCAAACAGCGUUUAACGAUGAUAGCCCAGAGCUGCACAAGUAUCAGUAUUUGGAACAGAAAAUGAAAUCGAAGAUCGGGCGACAGGGACCAUUUGUGGAUGUAAAAAGUAUGGUUGCUGAUUUUCGACAACAAAAUCCCGUUGUCUUCCCGCGCGUUGGCAAACGUAUUAAAACCAACGAUGGUAAUUACAGCGUCCGAGCGCUGAGUACGCCGCCAAAUUGUGUUGAUCCCAACAGCGUGUAUAUGGAGUCGUCGUAUAACUGCAACGGUUCCAAUUAUACACCAACAUUAGAAAAAUUGCUCAGUACAACGUCGCGCAACAACAGCUCCUUACACAGCAAACCCAGUGCACCAGCAACACAAGGAUUUAAAUUUAAUACAGAAAGCCAAAAAAGUUACUAUCGUCUGCAGAGUGAUAAUGGCUGUAAUGAAAUUUCAAUAACGCCAGUGAAUUGCGUUAAUCGCUACCCACAAAGAAUACAAAAUUCCAAAUCGGGACUACUACGUACGGCACUAGAUGUGAAUUCCCAACACAAUCAAUACUACGACAUGUCCAACUAUGUAAAAUCCUCACACAAAGCUAUGCGCAAUAUGCACGACAGUGAUUUGCAAUUGUGUCAAGAGUGUAAAAUGCAUGAGGCGCGCUUUGUUUGUGCUGGUUGUGGCAAUCAAUGGUACUGUAGCAGAGAGUGUCAGGUUUCCGCUUGGGAUAAACAUUCAGAUGUGUGCAGUGAGUGAAAUGCGCAAAAUCAGUUUCACUCACACAAUUGACGCCGUAAACAUUUAUGUGUUUUUUCAUAAUAAUAUUAUAAAUAUGUAUGUCUUUAGCUUAUAGAAUUUCAGAUUAUUUCCUAAAGUUUCCAUGACUUAAUGGCAUCUUAUACUAAAAAAAAAAAAUAAUUAAAUAAACACAAAACCAUAUAGCAUUAAAGUAA